UGAAUUUGCAAAACUUCUAAGAGAUCUGCAUUGGGUAGCUUCUGUUACCAGGUGAUGUGCCAUCAGACCCAUAUACUAAGUGCCACAAUUUAUUCCUGCCAUUUAUGUCAUGGGAAUCAUGAAGAAUAUAUUGAAGCUGAUGUUUCCUUAUGUGAUAUUCAGAGGUAUUUUUUUGUCAUGAAUAUUGUUUCAUUUAUGGCAGUCUGUAUAACUUUUUCAGAGUAAAAUAGUAGUUCCCAGCAUUUUGUGGGAGUUGAAUGUCAAUUUGAUAGAUUUUUACCAAGAUAGAUGUUAUUUUCCUAAUGUUUUUUCCUUAUAGGAAAAACAGAAUUUGGAAGUGCCUUGAUAGUUCAGGUGACUAUUAUUUCUGAUGAUCAUAGUAUAAUGGUGCAAAGGGUAAUGCAGACAUUUGUCGUAAAUUAUAAAUUUUUUAUAUAUAGCCAUUUUAUUGCCACUAAUAUAAGUUUUUAUGUAAAGGCAUAAUAAUAAUGGAAGUAGGUAGUCGUAUAUAACUCAAGGUAUUUUUUACCUGUUACAGCCAUUUAUUUUACAGCUUAUAAAGAUUAGUAAUGUAGGUAGACUUUUUUAAGAAUUUUUUAUACAAAAUAUAACUUUAUCCAGAAACUAUAAUUAGUAGUGUGUCAUAGUGCUAGCCACGGAGGUGAUUAUGAAUGGGUAUGUAUACACUUGUACAUGUAUACAAUAUGUAGUAUGAUAGAUAUAUAUACAUAUACAAAUAUAUUUGCAUAUAUAUUUUUUUAUAUUUUGAGGAAGCUUUUGCAUCUGGAAAACCAGUACUAUCUGUAAAAUGACUAACAUCAAGGCUAGAAUUUUUGAUAUUAAAGUGUAUAUUUUUUUAUUCUGUGCCAUUCAUUUACAGAGUUACAAACUCUCCAAAGCAUUGAGGUUAUUAGUGUGUAGGACUAGUCAGGAUAGGACUCCAAUCUUCUGCUAAUUCGUACAGAGAAAUACUAACUGAGUCUUAAAAGUUAUUUUCUGUCACUUUAUGUAAAAAACAGAUGCAUCUCUUUGUUUAACACACUUUAACAAGAAGUUAGUUUAAAAGCUUCAUAUGUAAGCUUGCUCAAGUGAAAAGCUUUUUUACCUAUGGAUUGGUAAAAGUUCAUCUUCAAAGAAGUUAUAUUUGUAUCAUCCUUAAAGUUUCCAGAUGAGUAUCAAAGAGUGUUAGAUUUAAAAAUGACUUCAGUCAUCUCAGUGAUUGGUUCCACUGCCUCAUAAUGCUGAAUUAUGUCACGCAACGCCCACAGCUUGCUUCAGCUGCGGAGUUAAGUCAAGUUAGAGCUAUUAAGGAUUGUGGGGAAUUUAUUUGUUCCUUAUUUUCUGAGGUUAAUCAUGUCCCUUUAUAUCCAACAGCGUUGAUUAUUCUCUGGUAAUGAGAAGGAAAUACUAAAUGGUAUUUCUGCCAAAUUUGGCUCGUAUUUGAUGCAUACUUUCUAAAUAUCAUUGCAAGUCCUUGAAGUAAGUUCUUCCUUGUAGCACCCACAUCGUGUUGGUGUGAGUGAGCUUUGCAGCAGUCCAAGGAGGCAAGAGUAUUCAGCAAGCACUUUUAGUAGUAAACCCAUGGUAGUUACUUCAGUUGAAGGUGGUCUGAUUCUCUGCCUGCUGGUGAAAGUACUGUAUUCAGCAAAAGUUAUGUGGGUUUUACAGGAACCAGGUGGCUUUGAAAUGUAACAUUACACCGUAGAUGACUUGCUUGAUGCUGAGAUCUUUAGAAAGAAAGUUUAUUUGGUCUUGCAAUCUGUACUGAAUUAUUUUAUUGUUAUUUUUGUUACUUUUUCCAAAGAAAACCCCUGUGGCUCACAUGUCCCUGGAGACUUGUGUUUCGUUUAUUGGUAAGUCAUUCUUUGGUAAUGUUUUAAACAUUUUGUCAUGUAUGCAUCAAAUAUGAGCAGUUCUAUAGUUUCAGAGUAAAUUAUGCUAGUCUCCAUUUUAAGAAGUUGUCUUACAUUUGGUUUUAUUUUUGUUUUGCUUUUUACCUUGUAACCUUUUUUUAUGUUGUUGUUACGUAGUAUUAAUGUUUUUUGUGGUGGUCAAGGAAUCUGUCUGAAAAACUGAUGUCAGCUACUAAUUGUAUUACUAGAUCAUUUUAUGAUCUAACCUGAAGUUUGUUAACUACAAUUUUGUUCAGUUUAUCGUACAGAAUUUGACAUGUUUUUUAUACCUAUUGACCCCAUUUCAAACAUAAAUUUUAUUGCUACACUGAAUGAUUUAAAAAAAAAAUUUGUAGCAUUGAGCAUAAGUAAAUGGAAAGCAUGUGUUGGAGGACAACCAAAUAUCAUGUUCUGAAAUUUAUAAUUGCUAGGUUUAUGGGUGUUAACCUUUGUGAUGACUGGUUAUGUUGUGCUUUUAUGUUUUGCCAGGAGCUAUGUUUGUAAUUGUGAAUAAUAAUUGUGCAUUAACUUUCAAAGGUUGGAAAAUUAUUAAGGAGUAUUUUUAGCCAAAUAUUUGAGAGUAUAACAAAAGUCAUAUGUAAAUGACAGACCAAACCUUUAGAAAGCAUACAGUAAAUGUUGCCUAAGUGCUAAAAGGUGUUAUGAAAUCUGUAAAGGUGAAGAUUUGAUGUUGUUAUGAGUGACGAUUUGUGUUAUGUCGAAUUUUUUGCUUUUUAAGUGAGUGUCGAAGGGUUGUAACCUGUCUGUGCCUCCUCCUGUUUAGGUGAGACAUAUUGUACACACAUUUGUCUUUAUGUUGUACGCAUUGUCUGCCAACACACUGACAUUGACAUAACCGUUGCAUUAUUCACCAUAUUCCUAUAGUCUUUCAGUGUACAUUUUUGCAGUGCGCAUUACUAUGUCAGCCUAUAAUAAGGUUUCAGUCUGCAGUGUGCAUUAUACAUUGAAGGGAUUUUUAAAACAUUCCUUUGUCCUUGGCUGCAAUGAUUUCUGCCUUCUGCAUCUCAUCUGCUCAUCCUGUUUUGCACUGCACAGUCCAAAUGUUUACUUCUCUUUUGCCACAUGUGCCUUGUGCUUCAUCAAGAGAUGCUCAUAUCCCCUAUCUGCUCUUCCUGCACAGUUUCUGAUGCUGUAACUGACAAGAAUCUCAUUGAAUUCAGUUUAGUUACUUGCUUGAUACAGAUAUCCCAAGGUCCUCUUUUUGUAACCGUAUGAGUAGAAUUGUUUUACAGAUCUGUGCAGUAGUGAGGUCACUUAAUCCCAAAGUUUAUCAGACUUGAGCGUCAUCAUUUUGCAUCAUUAAUUUAUUUUUCUUUACAGGAUUUCCACCCGAUAUUUUUUGUGAAUGGGGUCAUCUAAUAUUUGAAAAUGCCUUCUCGUUUCCAACCUUGUUCUAAUUGUUAACCUGCAAGUUGACAGUGCCCCAUUAUUUAUCUUUGCUGUGCAUUUAUCAGCAUUCUCAUAGCCUCCAAUGCCAUGCAUGCAGUAUAAUGCCUUUGUUCUUUCUAAAUUUGUAACUCACAACUGCUUUUUACUAGUGUCCUGGAAUCCUUUUUGAUUAUCCCCAUAUAUGUAGUUGAUCAUGUUCCAUGGAGAGCAGGUAGUGUCUCCUCAUUUGAAUAAAGUUUUGUAUCUUUGUAGAAAUCCAACUAACAUUUCCUGUAAUAAUUUUAUACUGUGGCAGGGUAUUUAUCAUUUUACAGUGGAUGUAUGCUUCCUUACGUAGGGUAAUUCACUGCAUGUAGGAGAGUGGUAGUAUGGGUUAACAGCACUAAAUGGAACAAUAUACUUGCAUGUUACUCUGAAACCAUAACUAAAUAUCUCUUGGCUGUAAUCUUCACUUUAAUUAUCACAUAUGUAAUGUUCUGUAUCCUGGUAAAGUUCUGUGGAAUUUUACGAACAAGAUUUCACCUGAGAAAUCAAGAGUGGAAGUUAAGUAUUUCAUAUUUUCCCAUUAUUUUUCAGUGACAGAGAACCCCUUCUUCCAAGUGGAGGUGAUGAUUCUGUAUUUACCAUUAGUGACUCUGUACCUGCUCCAGUACACCUACCUCAACAACACUAUCCUAAACCUUUCAAACAGCACCAAUCUCAGCAUGUUCCAAGGCCCCUCCCUCGUAGGACUUUAAGCCACAAACCAGAGGUUUCUCUGAUAGCUGAAUUACAAAAUGCAUUAAUGGCUUCAUCACAGCAUGUCCCUGCACUGCCUUCAGGAAACAUUUCCACUUUGGAACCAAAAUUUCUUCCAGGAGCCAAAAAACAAGAAACUUUUAAGACCCCUUCACAUCUCCCUGUUUUACCUUCAAAAACCUUUUCCGCAACAGAACCACGGCAAAAACUUAUCAGGGCUUCAUCACAUGAUGUCGCUGAGCCACUCUCAAAAGUCACGUUUACAACUGACCCAGAAUUUCUUCCAUACACCAAAACUCAAGACACUUUUAAGGCCCCAUCACAUUUCCCUCCACUGCCUUCAAAAAGCAUUUCCACAACAGAACCACAACUUCCUAAAACAAAAAAGCAAAAAACCUUCAAGGCUUCAUCACAACAUGUCCCUGCAGCACUGCCUUCAAAAAUCAUUUCCCCAACAGAACCACAGCUUCCUAAAACUAAAAAGCAAAAAACCUUCAAGCAUGACCCCGAGCUGCUUUCACAAAACACGUUUAAAUCUCAGCCACUGGAUGUUUCCAAUCUUCCAAAGCCUACAGUGCAUUAUGAAUCUGAGAAUGGGACUUUUAAUAAGAAUGCCUCCCGGUAUAAUCUGGUAAGCCCCGAAGAAAGUCCUCGCCUUCACCUUAGGUUCGGUGACCUGCGCUUUAGAGAAGUUGUCAAAAUUGAUGCGUAUGGCUUUGUCACACUAGACCUUCAUCAUAUGACUGUGCAUGAGGCAGAACAAAUGGCCAGCGAUUUUAUCGACGACUUUACCAACAAGGAAAACAAAGUGCGAAUCAUCACGGGACGGGGUGCUCGAAGUAAAGAUGGCAUCCCGAAAAUUAAGCCUGCCAUAAAAGACCUCCUGGAAAGUGAAGGUUUAGAGUUUUGCGAGAUUCAUGCUGGAGGUUGUUUAGAAGUCUGUCUCCCUUGACUCUUGGUGCUUCUUGGAUAAGAGCUCAGGAUUCUGUUCUUCCAACAGCUUGUGAUGCAAAUGCCUUUUCAAAUAGCGUUUCGAUACCACCAAUACAUGUCGCAUCAGAGGUAUCGCCCAAGCCACACAAUACACAGCAAAUAAUCACUAUAUCAUCCAAAGAAGCUGAAAAGGCAACGUCAAAAGGCCAGUUUCAUGGAGAACCAAACAUUUGUGUGCCUCCUUCAAAAACAACAACACAAAGGGUAACCCCAGCAGUACCAAAACCACAGGCAGUGCAUGUACAAAUGGACGAUACCCUGGGCCCACUUCCUACUCGAAAACCACCUUCAAAAACAACAACACAAACGGUAACCCUGGAAGUACCA